AUGAGGCGUUUUCUGGGACCUUUUGAAGCUGUUUUGAGAAAUCGUACAGUGUCUUUACGCUUCAGGUCAGCCACAGGGAAGAGAGUUUCUACAAUCAUAAUUCCAAGGGAAGUCGUUGAUCAGCGACGCAAUUAUCAUAAUUCCCCUCAACCUGCAGCUUUUCCUCCACCGCCAUAUCCUCCUCAAUAUUCAUCAAUGCAGAAUCCUUAUGCAUCACCUUACGUUUACCAGGGAGUUCCACAAGUACCACCUGUACUUCCUAAUCAACGGGCAAAUGGUUUGGGCUAUUUUGGAUCCACAGCACCUGAAUUGGGAAGCAAAGAGAGACCAAUAGUUGUUGUUUCAGCACCUCAAAAGACUACAUGGGCUACAGGGUUCUGGUUAUUUUUACUCCUUGGAAUUGGAUUGACUUGUGUAUUGAAUCUUAUUGAUGAACUCAGUGCAAGAAUGCAAGAUAGUAACCCAACACCAAAAGCCAUUGCUGUUCCUCGUACAUCAUUUGCUGGGAUGUUUGGAACUUCAGAUGUUAAACCUGUCGAUUUGAGCGAUCUAGAUAUCACUUUCGAUUCUAUUCGUGGAUGUGAUGAAGCAAAAGCGGAACUUGAAGAAAUUGUUGAGUUUCUUAAAGAUCCAGAGAGAUUUCAUUAUCUUGGUGGACGUCUUCCAAAGGGUGCACUAUUGGUAGGACCUCCUGGAUGUGGUAAAACGAUGCUUGCUAAAGCUAUUGCAAAAGAGGCUGGAGUGAGUUUCUUUUACUCUACUGGAAGUGAGUUUGACGAAAUGUAUGUGGGUGUUGGAUCUCGUCGUAUUCGAGAACUUUUUGCUGCUGCUAAGGCACAAGCUCCAUCACUUAUAUUUAUUGAUGAAAUUGAUGCCUUAGGUGGUAAACGAUCACGAAAUGAUCACACAUAUUCUCGGAUGACUUUGAAUCAACUUCUGGCAGAAAUGGAUGGAUUUCAUUCAAAAGAUUCUGUAAUCGUUAUUGCAGCUACCAAUACUCCUGAUUCCUUAGAUAAGGCUUUAACUCGUCCUGGACGCUUUGAUAUGACAGUUGCAGUAGAACCUCCUGAUGUAAAAGGACGAGCAGAAGUUUUACAAGUUUAUUUGGACAAGGUAAAAGUUGAUGGUAAUGUAAAAGCACUUGAUAUCGCUCGUGGAACAACUGGAUUUACUGGAGCAGAAUUAAGUAAUCUUGUUAAUAUUGCAGCUAUACGUGCUGCAGUUCUUAACAAGAACGCUAUAACUGUUGAAGAUGUGGAAUAUGCACGAGAUCGAGUAAUGAUGGGUGCUGCAAGCAAGAAAGUUAUUCCUGAAGGAGAACGACGAUUGACUGCAUAUCAUGAGAGUGCUCAUGCUUUGGCAGCAAUUCUCCUAGAAGGAGAAGGAGCUGAUCCUGUACAUAAAGCAACAAUAGUUCCACGAGGAAGUGGUAUCAUGGGUCUCGUUCAGCAAUUGCCUGAUAAAGAUGUAUACAGUCAAAGUAAAAGACAAUGUUUGGCGCGAUUGAAGAUUUGUCUUGCAGGACGAGUUGGUGAAGAAAUGUUGCUUGGAAACGAGGAUGUAAGUACUGGAGCUAGCUCCGAUUUUCAACAGGCAACACAAUUAGCACAAAAUAUGGUAAGACGUUUCGGAUUUAGUGAUGAUCUUGGUUUUGUUAACUAUGGUUCAGCAGAUACACCAGAAGGUGCCUAUAUGUCUGAUGAAACGAAGAAAAAAAUUGAAAAGGAAGUGGCUUCUCUUUUACAAGAAUCGUACAAAGAUGUUAAACAAUUGUUAUAUAAUCACCGCAAAGAACUUGAAUCUGUUGCCAAUCAACUACUUCAGCAUGAAACACUAUCUGGGGAUGAAAUCAAAAGAGUUCUUAAAGGUGAAGUAUUACCAUCCGUUGCCAAAAAAGAGAAUGUGCAGUCACCGUCUCAGAAAUCAUCGAAAGAUUCAGACGGAACAAAGGGAAAACGUCGCCCCGUGACAAUAUCUUAG